AUUUGCGGCCGUUACAUGUUUUGAGUUCGUCAACCGGAUUGUACAAAGAAAAAAAGGAAUAAUAUUUCUCUAAUUGUCUUAGUUGUGAGAUUAAAAUGUUAACUUUGUUUUAGUAAAUUUGUAGCGGACUUUACUUAAUAUAUUAAAAUACUUCGUUUACGAAAAAAUGGGUAUCAAUAGUAGUAAGCCCAGCAAUGAAACACAAACUGUUACUUCGGUAAAAAAGGAGCUAAACACUGGUGAUAGUUCUGACCCACGAUCUCCGACACCAGAAAUCACACGAACUCCUCUCCACAACAAAUCUACCGGUAAACAUAACAUUACUAAAAACGCCGAUCUGAGGAAGACUUUUGAGAAUGCUAAUGGUGAAGAAAAGUUAAUACACAAUAAUCCCAUUCUCUCAGCUGUAAUAAAGAAUCACUUACAAUCUUACGACCCGCGGUCCCCUACUCAGGAUUUUGAACGCACGCCUAUUAUAGUUCCUUCAAAGGACGAAAUUCCUAACGACAAGACAUUGCUAAGAUUGCAAAGUGAGAACUGUGCCAGUCCUGUACUAAGGACUGAAAAUGAUGACAGUUGCGAUAGCUGCGUUGAAGCCAGUGAAAAGAGUCCCGAAUUAAUGGUAACACGAAACUUGUGUGAUGGAUUUAAUAACUUUACAUUAGAUGACACUAUUAAAGAUGCUGAAGAACCCCUAGGCUCUUCCACCGCUUCAAAUGAAGCCAUAGAGAGCAAUAUGUCAAGAGAAAGCCAACAGAAACAGACAUUUUUGGAAACUAACUUUGAUUAUGUAGAAAAUGAAGAUAAAUUUGAAGAUAGUGAAGACAAUAUAAAUAGCAUUGAAGAAAAUGAAGAUGAGGUUCCAGUGUUCCAGAUUCUUGAUAAUGAUCCCAGGUCCCCAUCAAUAGGUAUUGAGAGGACUCCUAUAGUUGUUGCUAAAAUUGAAGACUCAAAUGUUGAGACUAUGUCUGAUGAUACUUUGAUCAAAGUUUUGCAAAACACAAAUGUUGAACUACGCCAAACAGGUAUGAAAUCUGACAAGAAUGAUGGACUGCUUAUCUAUGAAGAUGAUGCCCCUAAACUUAGUGAUACACCAAAGAAAUCAAAGUCUGCUAGUAACAGUGGCUCCCGGACACCACUUUCGUGCAUGAAAAACAAAGCUGAUGUUGGACACACCAGAUCUAAAUCAGCAAAUACAUUAUAUGAUCCCAAGAAACAAAAUAAUGCUUUGUCCAAAAUUCCUAAGAGAGUGUCACAUAUUCCACGAUUGAAGUGUUUGACAAAGCAAUCCAACUUUGGACCAGCAGGAAGCAGUGUUUCUUUGAAAAAUAUUUCAAAAGCCACAGCAAUAGGUGGAGACUGUGAGAACACACCACCUCAUUCUCACCGUGAUCGCUGGGACAAGGACAACAGCAUUGUACUCUGAACUUGGUUUGUGGUCAACAACAGCAAGUAUGCUGCAAAAUAUACUUCAAACUUUGAAAUUGUUUUAUUAUGUUUAAUGUGACAUGUGACUAGAAUUAUUACAAUGCUCAAAAUGAAUAAUUUUCUUCAAAUGAGAUCAUGAUUGGC